UUUCGUUUAUUCUUUUUUUAAAUAUUCAAAUUAAAUGGAGUCUUUACUUAAGUAUCGGUAUAGUUUAGUGGCUGGUUCUUUUGCUGCCGGUGGCAGUUUUUUCGGGAAGCUACCAAGUCAUCUCAAGGCUCAAAAUUUUUUAAAUUUGACCGAUAACCCUUCAGAUUCCUCUUAUUUGGGAACAGGAUUGGUUCAAGUUUUACCUUUGGUUUUAAUGGUAAUCUGCAAUGUUGCCAAUUUGCGUUGCUUUCUAAAAGCCCUCCAAAUGACGGAGCAAACAUUAACCUGUGUUGUUUUAACUGCCGCUUCUAAUUAUAUCUUAUCGUUUAUUUUGGGGGCUCUGGUCUACCAAGAGCCACUGACGGCAUUAUCUGGCGUUGGAAUAACUCUUAUAGUGGCGGGUCUUUGGUUCCUGUGCGAUGACGGAGGAGCUGCUGAAACUAAGAAAAAUAAAUCUGACAAAGAAAAAUAGAAGUAGCAUUAAAAAAAUAUACUAUAGUUUGAGAACUCUUUUU